AUGGAGAUAUUCCUCCCUGGCGACGAGCAUGCCCUCCAAGCACUACGGUUCACUAUUGACUCGGAAGAUGAGCAAUGCCAAAGAUGGCUACGAGUGCACCCGACACCAUCUUCGGAUUUUCUCAAUCAGCAGAAGAUAGACGAGAUAAGCGCUAAAUUCGGUCAAUAUCCGUUACCAAACUCAGACUUCUUUCCAACUCGCGUCAUUGACCUUGGCGCCGAUCCAGAGGGAGAAGAGCUCAAACUUGUGACGAAGCAUGAGUGUCUUCACCAACAGUACGCUGCUCUUAGCUAUUGCUGGGGCACUCCCGAAAUGGCAGAAAUGCAGUUCAAAACUUUGGGAUGCAAUCUCCAGGACCGACACUCUGGCUUCAAGCUCUCUGAGGUAUCCCCAGUGAUCAAAGAUGCCGUGGCGGUAUGCCGAGCUUUUGGUGUGAGGUACCUCUGGGUCGAUGCCGUCUGUAUCAUCCAGGACGAUGAUUACGAUUGGGAACAAGAGUCUGCCCUCAUGGCCAUGAUCUUCAGGAGUGCUUACUUUGUGGUCGCUGCAGCCGCAUCCGACUCGUGCAACGAGGGCUUCCUCUCCUUGACCAAGCCUUUCAUUCAUUUACCGUUCCAGUCAAAGCUCAAGCCAGACAUUCAAGGAUCAUACCGCCUCUUGCCACUGCCAGCUUAUAACGACUUCGGGGUCCCGUCCGUUUUCUCCAAUCUUGCAACAGAAGAUUACCUAUCAUCUAGGUGGCACAACAGAGCCUGGGUCUACCAAGAAAGAGUGGCAGGGCAAAGAAUUCUUCUCUUCGGGCGGACAGGACUUUCGGCUCAAUCCCAUAAAGAUACGAACACUCUCAUCUUUGCACACGCAGGAGAAAGGAACCUCAACCACAAAGGAUGGUUCCGAAUAGUGACAGGCUUCUCAGGGACUCGAUUGACACGUCGAACAGACAGGCUCCCGGCCAUAUCUGGCUUGGCCAAGCUAUACCAGGAUGUCCUCCAGGACGAAUACCUUGCGGGGCUAUGGAGAAAUGAUCUUUACAAAGGUCUUUUCUGGCAGUCCGAAUUCUCAGAUCGCCCCCGUCAGGAGCUCACCGCUUACUUGGAGUCGCCGGAUCCAUACAUUGCGCCCUCAUGGAGCUGGGCCAGAGAAGGUUAUUCUAUAUCUGUUUCUUUAGAGCACAUUCUUGAUCUUCGGCAAGAAUUUGAAGUGCUGCAACAAGAAUUCGCACUCCUCGAUGCCAAGAUGGAUACAGUCGGUUCCAACCCGUAUGGUCAGCUAAAAAGCGGCAAGCUCACUUUGCGAUCAAGAGCUUCAGAGAUUCCAUCUAGUUGGGACUUUGUAGAUGAACUUGGCUACCUUGAUGGCGAGGAGAGAAUUCAAUUACGGCCUGACUGGAAUUGGUUUAUCAAGGGAGAAGGGAAUACGGAUGGACUCACCUUGUUUCUUCUCGGAUCUUGCAUCAUGGAAAGACCACAGCAUUGCUAUUGCCACGAGCUCAGCGUCAAUGGGGGUAGCUUGAGCGACGAAAUACUUGGCAAUGCAAACGCCAAGGAAGAGCAGGCCUUGGCAGGCCUUGGAGCGUUGGACCUGGGAGAUUUGGAUCGCGUUGAGGAAGACGAUCAACAGCUGUGUUUGCAUUGCAAGAAGCAACUCAUCAUGUACGGGCUCUUGCUACAGCCUGCCAAAGAACCGGACAAGUUCUUUCGGGUAGGCAUCUUUGUUUCAGACCCCAACACUCAUGUUCUUGGGGGCAUGAACCUCUGUCAGGACUGGGAGACCAGAACAGUUGAGAUUAUCUGA